AGAAAAGAAACAUUUAAUAAUUAAUAUAUAAUAAAAUUCACACAAGUGAUAGUUCGUUCAGUGAUUCAAAUAUAAAAUGCAAUAAUGAAUGUUCAGUUUCCCUUACCUUUAUUUAGUUUUAUUGGCCAUUAUUAUUGUUCCAGGCUUCCAGCCAAAGAGAGACCUAUUCAAAAGGGGUUGCUCUCUUUCUCCCAUCAAAACUCCUCAACCAAACCCCAUUUCUCCAAAACUGAAACAAACAAAAAUAACCAUAGUGAUCUCGUUCUCUUAUUCGAUUUGAAUCACUGAAAUGGUUACUAAACAUCAACAUUAUUGGAUGAAAAGGUUAUCAAUAAACCCACAAGCUCUUCUUCUUCUGUUCUUCUGCUUCUUCUUCAUUCUCCACUGCGACGCCUCGAGAGCCUUGUCACCAUCAAGCGUUUUCUACAUAAUCCCUAAUGAUGAUCACAACAAAAACACUAUGAGGAGAGACCAUUUCUUUGGGACCUUGCCAAGACACUUACCUGUUCCAGCUUCUGGUCCUUCACGAAAACACAACGGCAUUGGUUUACAAGCCUUGUUGUCUCCAUGAUCAUGCUUACUCACUCUCUCUCUCUCUCCCUCUCUCUCUCUCUCUAGGGUACUUGAUAUAAUGUAUUGUAAUGCAUGAACUUACACAAAACAAGAGUAGAAAACCAUUGAUCGUCUCUGAUGUUUGAUUUGACAUGUACACUGUUCAGAUGUUUGACCUCUUUUUAAUUGUUUCUUGAUCUCUUGGUUAUUUUUUGGGGGUUGCGUGUAACUUCUUUAGAGUAUAAGUGAAAUACUGUACUGGUUAGGAUGGGGUUUUGUUACUUUUUACUCCUUUGUUUUCUUUUGUAUAUGUAAUUAAAGCUUGCGAGAUGGGAUGAUGCAACUUUCGUUUCUUCAAUGCGUGAUUUAACAUCUUUAAUUGUUGUAAAAAACAUCUUUAAUUACUUUUCACCUUGUUAAUCCUUUCAUUGAUUUCUAAUCAUAUAUCAAAGCCGUUGAUAA